AUGUCAAAAGAAACCGUAACAAACUCUGAGCCUAUGGAAUCACAAAAGAUGGAGGAAAACAGCUCUAACAAUGCAUUAGAUGACAAAGCAAAUAAGACGGCUGCGUCCCACAGCAUGGAAGCACAAUCCAGUAGCAUUGACAAGACUCCAAUUCCGUCUGUUACUAUCUUCAAUGAAUUACACCACAAGCAAAACGAAAGCAACGUUGGAAAUGAAAGUAUUGAGACGUCAGAACCAGCAGGUUUUAACGAGACCGAAUGCAUAAAAUUCGCUGAAAAGUUGUAUAAGACAAAACAUAUGCUGGAGAAUCAGAGUGGAGAACAAGAGAUUAAAGCUUUAAAGGAUGAAAUCAGAUCACUACAUUUAGCAAAGGUUGAGAACCAGUGUAAGGAUAUCUUUAAACAAUGCACGCAAGUCCUGGCAACCGUGGAUAAGGUGGACGCAAAUAUGAGUUCAUCAAGAAAACUAAACAAGAAGUUGGGCUUCAUGAAUGAGCAUCAGAAAUGUAUCUUGCUAACGUACAAAGAGAAAUACGAGAAAACGAAACAAGAAUUGAUCAGUUUACAGGCUUGUAAUGUUUCAUCUUCGUCUGAGGGAGAGCAGGGAGCCAAUAAAAAGGAAUCAAAAGACGUUCAUUUGGAAGAUGAGCUGAGAAUGCAAAAAGAACUUUGUCAGCAAGUACAAGUGCAACUGAACGAUUCGAGACAAGAAAUUCAGGAGCUACUGAAAAGUCUUGACAAUGCUCACUCGCUGUUGUCUAAACACGUCGAAACCAACAACAAGUUUGCAGAGUCAGAAACGAUGCUGCAUUUGGAACUCGACGACCUCAGAACUGAAUGUGAAAGUUGCAAAGAAGAACUGAAAUCUGAGAGGCUUUCUGUACAAGAAAAAGAGGCUAAAAUGAAGGAGUUGGAGGAUACGAAGACAGAGCAGGAAAAAGAAUUAAACGCGCAGAUAAAACAAUUACAAAAGCAAAUUGAAGCAAUUGUUGAAGAGAAAAAAUCCUUGGAAGAACUGAACACAACUUGGUCACAGAAGAUUGCUGAACAGGGCAACGAAAUUGAAUUGACGAGGGAAAAGAUGACAGAAGUGGAAACAACGAAGGAAGAAACUGAACAAAAAUUGGCUGUGAAAAGUAGUGAGGUGGAAGUGCUCGAGGAAAAGUUGAAAACCGAGGUUAGCCGAUAUGAAAAUCUUCUCCAGGCUGCUCAGGAAGGGAAGGCAAUGAAAAUGAACGAGGCGAACAAAUGGAGAGAAAGGACGACAGAAUUGUUGAAGAAUGAAAAUGAGUUAAAAGACGAGUUGGAUAAAGUAAAGAAGGAAAGCUUGAUAAAAGAGCUACAAGAUCAAGAAACACAAACCGAGGUCAUUGAGAAAGUAAAUAAAGAAAUCAAUACGUCUGUAUCUUUGAACGAAAACAGCACAAUCUUGGAUAAAGAGAACCAAAGUAGCACAACUGAGAAGACUGUAGCACCUGUGGCCAACGAUAACAUUGAGACAAGUUCGCCCACAACAAAGGAAAGUGCUACGGACAACGUUUCUGAAAUACAACAACAAAAUGCUGCCACAGCACAAAUAUCUACUGAGUUAUCAAGUGGUACUAAUAGUAAACCCACAGCACACGAGUCAACAAAAACUGUCGCGAAUCAAAAACAGAUAGAAGACUCCACCGUUAAGAAACAUUCCGACGAAAACAGUCCAGUAAAAGGACAAUAUUUCCAAUCUACUAUGACAAGUGAACAAGGAGUUACUGCAACUCCACCUGUUGCACCUAUGAAAGAAAUAUCCACAGUUUCGACUAAAUUACAAACAAGUUACGCUUUCCAGAACAAUCUGUCACAAAACGAAGAUGUCGAUUUGAGUAAUACUGCCACCCAAAAGAAUACAUCUAUUAUACCAAGUGAAGAUGCCGUCAGCUUAGAUCGUGAAAGCACAGAAAUGCUAGAUGAAUCACGUUUACAAGAAAAUAGUAAAUCCCUAUCAAUUGAAGGCGAUACGUUAACAAGUAACAGUCGUGUAAUGCUAAGCGGAAAAGGAUGUCUAAAAAGUAAAACGACCAAAUCUACGCACGGGACAAAAGGAAAUGCUUUAGGUCGAAAAGCGUCCCAAGAGAAACGCGCACCAUUGCUUGCUGUCGUAAAACCAAGUUCACAAGGUACGUUGAUAGAAUCAGCUUCAACACGAACUGGUGUCCAGGUCUCGCCUCGUACUCUUUUCCAGACCCCCACCUCUGAUUCUCCGACUCGGUCGAAAGGUAUGGCUGAAAUACCAGAGAAGACUAAUACAGACGAUCAGGAAAUGGGAUUUAGUAGCGCUGGAAGGGUGGCUACCAACCAAACAGUAUCUAAAGCAAAACCCACCACAGAAGAGAUUUCAGAACCGGAGGAACCUCUCACAGGAAGCAUUUCUUUACUAGGAAAGCUGAUGAUCCCUGACCAGAACAAGCAGAGCGAAAGCAAGCAAGAAAGCAAACCAACUGCCGGUGACGAUUUUUGUUUUUCCGAUGAGGAAGAGAGCAUCAUUCCUCGAGCUAUUGGAGAUCAAGUGAAUCGUAUCGAGAUUUUUCUUAAAAAUGAAAGAUUGCGAUUGAGCAAGAAACGAAAGUCAAUAGAUGAAUGA